AUGAGCUGGGUUCACAGCAACCCUAUCUUGUGCCUAUGCCUUGUUAUAUUAAUCUUGGCUGGUAUUCCUGUGCUUUUGUAUUUUCCUACCCAUCGCAAUCUGGAGCAUUUGCCCCUACUAAAGCCUGUUGAUGGAUUUUCUCUCCUCGAUAUCAAGUCUAAGACCGCAUUCGUGUUUAGAAGCAAAGAGCUCUUGGCUAAAGGCAGAGCACUAUUCCCUCAAAGUCCAUAUCGCAUGAUCACAGAUCUGGGCGAGAUCGUUUUCCUCCCCGUCGGGCUGGCCGACGAAAUCAGAAAUGAUCCAAGGCUUAGUUUUGGAUCUGCUUUCGGCGAAGGUGCAGCAGUGCAUACAUACAAUGAUUCGGUUCUUCAGACGAUAGUGAGGAAAGAACUCACCAAGUCUAUUGUAAUAAAUCCGAUGUCUGUCGAAGCCACCCACUCGCUUUCCAUUAAUUUGGAGUGGCGAGAGAUUGAACUAAAAUCAGUUAUCGUCGAUGUCGUUGCACGACUUUCAGCCCGUGUUUUCUUGGGUAAAGAUCUUUGUCGGAACGAAGACUGGCUUCGCGCCACUAAGGAAUACACGAUCAACUUUUUUGUCGCCGGUACCCACUUGCGCAUGAUACCUCGUCCUCUGCGCCCGCUCCUCCAUUGGUUCGUACCAAAGUGCAGAGAACUUCGUGCGAGCUUCAAUGAAUCACGACGUAUCAUCAUGCCAGCUAUCCACAGGCGUCGCGUGGCUCGUGCUGCUGCUUUGACUGCUGGUGAAAAGAUUCCAGAAUUCGACGACGCGAUUGAUUGGGCUGAUCGGGAGGCCGCUGCUAGAGGGGUUGGCUAUGAUCCUGCUAUCAUGCAGCUUAUGCUAGCUGUGGCGGCAAUUCACACGACAACGGACCUAGUCACACAAUUUAUAAUAGAUCUAGCUCUCAAUCCAGAGUUCGUAGCUCCAAUCCGCCAGGAAAUUGUACACGUCCUACGAACUACAGGUAUGAAGAAAUCAGCAUUACAUGAUAUGAAGCUCUUAGACAGCGCCCUCAAAGAGUCGCAACGGCACAAGCCGCCUGGUCUGGCAUCUAUGCGACGACGUGCUGAGAAGCCUCUUACACUAUCCAAUGGUCUUGCUCUUAAAGUGGGAGACAGAAUUGCCAUUGACACAUAUCGGAUGAAUGAUCCCGAGCUACACAAGGAGCCUGAGAAAUGGGACCCCUACAGAUUCCUCAGAAUCAGCGAGCAGCCCGAAAAGUCAAAGUUCGCACAGUUAGUGGUAACAAGCCCUGAUCACCUAGCGUUUGGGCAUGGGGAGCAUGCAUGCCCUGGACGUUUCUUUGCGGCUUACGAGAUCAAGAUUAUACUUUGCCAUCUCUUGCUGAAGUAUGAAUGGGAAUUGGUGCCGGGUUCAAAUAUAGCACCAAUGGUACUAGGAUUAACAUAUGCUGCUAGUCCUGUUGCUAGAAUUAAAAUCCACCGUCGGCGGGAGUUAGAGCUAGAUAUUGACUCUUUAUAA